GACGUCAUGAUCAUCUACGCGUAGAACGCUGAAGUGCCGGGUUAUCGGGCGCAUUUAGGUGCAAGAGGUCCGCCGAACAGGUGUGUUGCAAGAUCCCAUAUGACUGAACUUUAUUUUGGAGCAACAAGAUUGCCACCUGAAGUUAAAUUGCUCCGCUCUCAGAAUGAGGUGAUAUCGGAAGGAGAGGUUAAGGGCCUCAUCCAAGCAGCGCAGCUGCACCUGGAGCAGCGGCCCAAGGCAGCAGGCUGUGCAUUCUCAGCCGUGGCUGCCAGCUCACAGUGUCGUGAGCUGGCGGCUGUGUAUGGUGGUCUACUGACACUGCUGCAGGCGGCCCGUGCCCUGCCGCCUAGCAGGCGCCGCGCCGCCACCCUCACCGCUGCCCUCCGACAGAUCAGGGUGCCGGACGCGUGGCACGCGGCUCUGGUAGAGGCCAUGUGCGGCCCCCUGCCUCCGACGCCAGCUGCCCCGGACGUCACGGCGCCCGUCCACUGGCAGCUGGACAUCGUCAUCAACCACAGCGAGCGAGGAAGGAUUCUAGAGCCUUCUGUCGGACUGGGCAUACCAAGCAGCUCAGGGGAGACCACGUACCUUCAGUUUCCGAAAGCUCAAUUUCUCCGCUUCCGCCAAGAGAUGGCAGUGAUGCAGCGUGAAAUGGAGUCCGCCGAGUCCAAGGCUGGCAUUCGACCCAGCUGAGUAACAUGUGGUUUCGAUAAGUUGUGUGCUCUGUGAACCUUUGUCGAAGAGGAAAAUGGCAUGUGCUACUCAUCCACGCUAUGUUUAUCGAAUAUUUCCAAAGGCAUCGGUGCUGCUGAUCGGGCAAACAGCCUGUUGUGUGAGGACUUCUUUUGUCUGCGCCCCUGAGACCGAAAGAACCUACUUCAACACCACAGAAGAAAUGAAAAGUAUGACGCUCCCUUGCGAGUGUGGAGGCGGAUUGGGACGUGUGUAAACAGUUGAAAAGGAAACUUUGGCUCGGCACGUUACCGUUUUGCAGCGACAACACACAAUGACACGUGGGCUGGACGGCCGUUGAAAACGCGCUGAAUCAUGUGCCUGUAUGUGUAUGGGUGUACCUGACUGGAGUCAACCGCGCUGGGAGCUUAUAAAAGUGAUCAUCUACGAUCGUAAUA